CGUUAGCGUAUCACGUGCCAGAUUCUUAAUGAAGUGGACACACGAGGGCCUGCUGUGCGCAUGCGCGUGGUGUAAAAUGUAGUUGGAAAUGAGGUGUCCGUCUUGGAGUAGUCGACUUUUAAAAAGCAUCGGCAGCCCCUGAUAUGACGACUUCGCUGGUUCUGCAUCCACGCUGGGCGGACACCUUGAUGUACGUUUAUGAAAAAAGCCCGAAUGACAACAACCAGAAUAAAAGCCAAACAAUGGAGGGACUAAGCGGUAAUUGCCCUGCGACCCACUGCAGGGAUCUGAUGUCGCACCCCGCGCUGGGACGACAUUCUGGCACCAUAGCGACCCACCAAGGCUCCGUCUACUCGGAUAUUUCCUCUCCAGACACCGGCCGUCAGUGUCCCGCUCCGCAAACAUCAUCCAGCGCGUCUUUGAGCUACGGUUACCCAUUUGGAAACCCAUAUUACGGCUGUCGCUUAUCCCAUUCGCACAACGUGAACUUGCAGCAGAAGCCUUGCUCAUACCACCCCGCAGAAAAAUAUGCCGAGCCCAGCACAGCGCUGCCCACGGAAGAACUGUCUACCAGGGCCAAAGAGUUUGCCUUCUACCCGAGCUUCGCCAGCUCCUACCAGGCUGUUCCUGGAUAUCUCGACGUGUCAGUGGUGCCUAGUAUCAGUGCCCACCCCGAACCGCGGCACGACGCCCUGAUCCCCAUGGAGGGCUACCAGCACUGGGCUCUCUCCAAUGGCUGGGAUGGGCAGGUGUACUGCUCCAAAGAGCAAACACAGUCUUCUCAUCUGUGGAAAUCACCUUUCCCAGAUGUGGUUCCGCUGCAGCCCGAAGUCAGUAGCUACCGUCGCGGGCGCAAAAAGCGGGUUCCGUACACCAAGAUCCAGCUGAAGGAGCUGGAGAAAGAGUAUGCAGCCAGCAAAUUCAUCACCAAAGACAAGAGAAGGCGCAUCUCAGCCGGCACCAACCUGUCGGAGCGUCAAGUCACCAUCUGGUUCCAGAACCGGCGAGUCAAGGAAAAGAAAUUUGUCAGUAAAUCCAAGAGCAGUCACAUGCACACCACUUGAUGAGAUCAGCGACCUACACAACUCAUACCUUCCAGAACAUCAUGCCAUAAUUUUACCUCUUGCGUCUAAAGUCGUGGCUGAAGAACAUCUAGGCUGAGUGGUUGUAUUUUUAUUUUUUUUUAAUUUCUUCAAUAUUUGUUUGGGGUGUAAUUUAAGUUCCAUCUUCUCCAUCGACCAUGCCACCACGCCCCCCCUUUCAAGUUAGAGAAGAACUGUGAAAAUAUUGACAACACCGUUCACAUUUGUUUUAUAUGAAUGUACAUAUAUAAAUAUAUAAUAUUUAAAAUAUCUGUAUUUCUAAGACAAGCAUUGAGUGUUUUUGUUUUCUUCCUCUUUUUUUCUACAAACCAAAUCUCUAAAGGACUGAUGACAUUUCAAAGAUCAGAUCAGAAGAAAUGACUCUCUUGGUGUCAUUUUGUUUUUUAAAAAGCUUAUCGCCAUAUGGACAAGAAUUGUGGUGGUGUAAAUGACACGCUGAACAACACAAAGCUCACGUGCAGAGAGAACUUUCCGGGGAGAGGAUGAUGUUUGUUUUUUUUGUUAAUUCCCUCUGAGUUUCAAGUUAUUUUCCUCUGUAUGGAGUAUAUGUCCUUUUAAGCCUGGGGUAAAAACAAAGGCUGCUAUGUUGUUAAUCUGUAUAGUGCAAUGCGCCUUUUAUUAUUUAAUUCAUAUUAUCUAGUAUGGCAGACCUGUAAACUGGAAUAUCCCAAGACCAGUAUGUGUUUUCCUUUUAUCAGUGAAGGAUUCUGUCAUGCAACUGGAAUGAUUGUAAACCAUUAAAAAGUCAGUGAGUAUUACACAUGAA